ACCUUCUGUGAUUGGCGGCGCUGGCAGAAGCUAUCCUCGUGAGACAAUCUCGAUCUCGCGAGUCCGGGAGGAAGGCGCCUUUUGCAGCUCCUGCAUGGCCGAUUAGAGGGAGCAGAGAACUGGACCAAAGUCAUUCUGUGUUUCUAAUGGAAUAGUGAUACGCCCUUGGCUUAUCCAAGGACAAUAGAUCGGUCUGUUUCAUCACGUAAGCGGUUUUAGAGAUCAGGCAUGGCGCAUUUUAAUCUAAUGACAGCAGGUGUUAGCCUCUUGGCUAAAUCCUUCAGUGCCUUAUCCUGCACCAACUCUCUUGCAAGGUGCACCAGUGUCCACCCAGUGUCCUUCUUCCUAACAUCAAGAGGUCUGACUGCCCAGGCGGGUGGACCUCCAAAGAGACCCCUAAAUGGAUACAUGCGAUACGUGGUGCAGCAACAGCCCACCAUAGUUCAACAAAACCCAGCUAUCAAGAUAACUGAAGUAAUCAGGAAGAUAGCCCAAGAGUGGAGAUUGAUGUCUGCAGAACAGAAACGUCCUUUCGUGGAGGACUUUCAGCGCGCCAGGGACCAGUUCAAGCUGGACCUCAAGAGGUACGAGGCCAAGCUCACCCCUGCAGAGUUCGAGCAACAGGCCAUUGAAAGGAAACAAGUGAUGGCUAAAAGGAAAGAAAUCCGCAGGAAGAGGGAGAUGAACAGCUUGGGGAAGCCCAAGCGGCCGCGCUCUGCAUUCAACAUCUACAUGUCGGAGCACUUUGUUGAGGCCAGGGGACUCACAAUGCCGGCCAAAUUGAUUUCAUUGAUGGAUGACUGGAGAAGUCUUCUCGGUUACAAAAAACAGGUUUACAUGCAGCUGGCGGAAGACGACAAGAUCCGGUACAAGAACGAGAUAAAGUCGUGGGAGGAACACAUGCUGGAGAUAGGCCGUGAGGACCUCCUCCGGGAACAAACCAGGCCCAAAAAGGCCCCCGCCAAGAAGAGGGCCACCAAGAAGGAGGUGAAGGCAAAGCCCAAAGCGAAGAAGACUGCGACGGCCGGAGUGGUGAAGGCCGCUGGGAAAGGGAAGACGGCUGGGAAAGUGACCGCCACCAGGAGUAAGAAGUAAAGGAGUCAGGCGAGCUUGACCACUGGAUCCCAGACUACUGAAAUGUUCAUGAGUAUAACCAGGAGGUUCUAGGACUCUCAACCCAUCCCGUUGCAACCAGGAGGAGUGGUCAUCGUCAUGAAUGCUACCUUAGUACAAAGGGACAAACCUUUGUCCAGAAUCAGUCAUUUCUUGAAAAACGGUUUCAGUGACCACUCAAUUCUAUUUUUCAAAUUGCCUGGCAGAGAAACAAUAACAACACUUUGAUGUUCCUUGUUACCAGCGCUGAAAGUGUCAUAAAAGGUCUGAGAGAAAACAUUUCACUCCCAUAUUGAACAGGUUUGUUACUGUGAACAUGAGCACAUUAUUCCUGAAGGGCCUUCAGAUGGUCUUUGUGUCUGUUGCUAGGAGACUGGUUUGUGUACCAAGAUGAUCCACAGAAUGUUGUUGGCAUGUCUCCAAGCCACAAUGGCAGAGGAAAUUGUAUACAGUCCUUGUCGGCUGAUAAGUGUCUGGAUAAAGGCAGCCUCACUUUCUCCAGGCAUUUGUUUCUGCAUCUUUUCCAAAUGGGUUUCAUUUAAAAACAGGAUGACACAAAAGAACUCUAAAAUGUUUUUUUUUUUCUUUCUCCAAUAUGCAAUAAAGCGGUUCGAUUUUGUUUUGGUAUACAAAAUGUAUUUUGUUUUCUUUUAGUUUCAAUACUUUUUUGUAAAUGAAAAAAUAUCUCAUAUUUGACCAGGUAGCUUCUUAAGGUGUUCCACCUCAAUGUCUGACUGAAUGUAUAGACAAUGUUUUUUUGUUUUUGUUAUUUUUUCAAGUUUCUCAAGUUCUAGACCUGCCAGUUAUGAAGUUACCAUUAUUAUUACUACCAGUGUUUGACGAAAACGGUUUUGGAUCAUGCGCUUCUUGCAGAAAUCUGGUUUUAUUACAUUGUUAAAUGUUACCAAAUAAACUGACAAAUGUUGUUUUUUCACAAAA